AUGAGAUUGUUCUUCAUUCAUGGAAUGUACGUUGUUUCUUCUCUCAUCUUGAUGGGUGUGAAGAGUGAUAUAAUUGAUAUAAGAACUGCAAUGGAAAUUGCUACUUUUGAAAGAAAUAGAAAGGAACCGGAGCUUCUAUCUGGAAAUGAGGUUUCGUGGACCUUCAUAAACUUUGCUGGAGAGGAUCAUACCAAUUUUCAGGCUCUCAUUGCUUUCUUGAGAAUGCUGAGUAUCUUGGCUUCUAGUGAGGAAGGUGCUUCAAAAGUUUUCGAGUUACUUCAGGGGAAAGCAUUCCGUUCAGUUGGAUGGAAUACACUAUUUGACUGUUUGUCUAUUUAUGACCAGAAGUUCAAACAGUCCCUCCAAAGUGCUGGAACCAUGUUGCAUGGAUUUCAGGAGGGUGAUGCAAAAGCUCUUGUUCCAUAUCUAAGUGUUUUACAGAAGCCACACGUCAGCAGGAAGGAGCUGGGUUUAGACCCAACAAAUGGAGCCUACUACGGCCCACCCAUCCCUCCCAAACGAGAUUAUCACCGGCCUGGUCGAUUGAGUGGAUGCUGCAUACUAAGCGCCUUGUUCAAGCUCAUCUUCACCAUCGUCGUCGUCCUUGGGAUAGCUGCCCUCGUUAUCUGGCUUGUUCUCCGCCCUUCAAAGGUGAAAGUGCAUGUCGACAGCGCCACGCUUACUCAGUUCAACCUCACUAACAGCAAUAAUCUCUAUUACAACCUUUCUCUAGACAUAGCUAUAAGGAACCCCAACAAGCGGAUCGGCAUUUACCACGAUAAGCUCGAAGCUAACGCUUACUACGAAGGACAGCGGUUUGAUUACGUGCCUCUACCGACUUUCUACGAAGGCCAUAAGAACACAACCAGUCUCUAUCCAGUUUUCACCGGGCAAGCUGCUAUUCCGUUGCAGAGUUCUGAUGUUGUGGUUUUCAAUAGGGAGAAUGGAGAUGGGCUUUUCUCCAUUGAUGUUAAGAUCUAUGCAAGGAUUAGGUUUAAGAUUGGAUCAAUCAAGACUAAUCGCUACAAGCCGAGUUUCAAGUGCGAGUUGAGGGUCCCUUUAAUGACGAGCUGCGGCUCCUCUGCUGUCGGAUUUACUAGGAGGAAGUGCGACAUCGAUUUCUGAUCACUGUUCCAUU